UUCCUGCUCUGAACGUUUCCAGCCAAGCCGUGCAGAGCCUCAGUCAGCUGCGUGCCCUCCUCACCAAGCAGCCGGCUAUGGGAGGGCGCGGAGCUCUCGGAGGCUUACAGCAGCGGCAGCUACGCCUGCACCGUGACUCCCGAUAUCCCUUUUAAGAUACAAAUCUGAUCCGUCGGAACUUAAGACCACAGAAGCGACUGGUUUGAGCCUCGGGAGAGAGGAAGAAGAAGCAGGGGCUGCCUCCGGCUGGCCCCCGGGCGCGGUGCUCGCCAAGGUGGUGGGGAGCCCCGGGGCUCGUUUGAGGAACAGGAGGAGGAGAAGAGGAGGAGGAGGAGGGGAGGAGGAGCCCAUUGGCUCCCGGAGCCGAGGGAUCCUAUAUCCUGAGUGAAUGGGGGCGGCUCCGGGAGCGGGCUGGGCGAGUCCUCUUCCCCGAGGAAGGAAAGGCGGUGAGGAGAAGGCGGCCGGCCGCUGCGCUGGGUAUUUAUCCUCAUGAAGAAAACCAGCAUGUAAGAAGAUCUGAUUAGAACCAGUGUUCACUUUAAGAUGCCACAAAGGGAAAAAACUCAUCUGCAAGUCCCAUCUUUCAAAACUGUCUGCACUCUUCCAACAGAAGAAAAAUCAUUUGGAGAAAUAUGACUUGUGGAAUCUGUGAAGGAAGCUGGCUUUACAAGGAUACUGAAUGAAAGACAGCAUGCCUUACAGUAGACACUUAUCCUGAAGGGGUGACACUGUGCUCUCAAGCUAAAACACGGGCACUCUAAAAACACUGAUCCUGACCAGGAAUAAGGAUUACAAGAACUGCAUCAGAAUGUUUGUUAGUCCUAGAAGAGUCAGAAAAUGCCAGUUUUUGCAGUUAUUUGCCACUUGUUUCAUACUAUGUCUCAUGAUUUUUUGGGGACCAUUUGAUAAUCACAUUGUAAGCCAUAUGAAGUCCUAUUCAUACAGAUACCUCAUAAAUAGCUACAAUUUUGUGAAUGAAAGCUUGUCUGUCAACAGGGAAGACCUGGACAGAGUAUCAAGCUACCAGUACUUGAUCAACCACAGAGAGAAAUGUCAACAGCAGGAUGUCCUUCUCCUGUUGUUUGUGAAGACUUCUCCUGAAAAUCAUCAUCGGAGGGAUGCAAUUCGACGAACUUGGGGUAAUGAGAAAUAUGUUCAGUCUCAACUUAAUGCGAAUAUUAAAACUCUGUUUGCUUUAGGACAACCCUCAGAUCAUCUGCAGCAAAGAAAACUAUAUUUGGAAGACCAGAAAUACAAUGACUUGAUUCAGCAAGAUUUCUUGGAUACUUUUCACAAUCUUACUCUUAAAUUACUUCUACAGUUUAGCUGGGUGAAUGCCUACUGUCCUCAUGCCAGGUUUAUUAUGUCUGCAGAUGAUGAUAUAUUUAUCCAUAUGCCGAAUCUUGUUGCUUAUCUCCAAAGUCUAGCACAAAUGGGUGUUCAAGAUCUCUGGAUUGGCCGUGUUCAUCGUGGAUCCCCUCCCGUAAGAGACAAGACUAGCAAAUACUAUGUUCCAUAUGAAAUGUACCAGUGGCCCUCCUAUCCUGACUACACAGCAGGAGCUGCAUAUGUAAUAUCAAGUGAUGUAGCAGCUAAAGUAUAUGAGGCUUCAUUGACUCUCAAUACAAGUCUUUAUAUAGAUGAUGUCUUCAUGGGCCUCUGUGCCAAUAAAAUGGGAAUUGUACCACAAUACCAUGUAUUUUUUUCUGGGGAAGGAAAGGCUCCAUAUCAUCCCUGCAUUUACAACAAAAUGAUGACAUCUCAUGGACACGUAGAGGAUCUUCACCAUCUCUGGAAGCAGGCUACAGAUCCCCAGGUUUCCAGAACAGGUUAUUUAGUUGCUAAUUGCAAAGCCUGUGGUAGCUCUCCCUGGAGUGGAUACACAGACUGCACAAGGUUCUCAUCGCUUUCGCUCAUCACCAAGACUCUGCUAGAUCCCCCUUGACUAGCUUCAUGCAUCACUUCGAUCUGAAUGAAAAGCAUACGCAAUGUGAAAAUACUUAAUCACUGAUACUUUUAUUUAGAGAACUUUAAUUCUUUACAAGAAAAAAAACACAUCACCAGUCUAGUAUGUCAUUUGACAAGUUAAAAUAAUUGACUUAGAUGUGCAAAUUGAAAAUCAAGAAUAACUCUUAAAAUAGAUUGGUAUGUUGUAGACUAUUUUGAUAAACUAUUCUAAUGAUAUGCUGUCCUAAUAAUGUGAAUCUUCAUGCAAGGAAGACAAGAAAAUUACAGCAAAGGAAUGUUAUUUAAAAGACUGAGUAAGUGGCGCUGCAUGUGUUUUGAUUUUGUCUUACUUUUGGCUAACAUAACUAAAAUGGAUGUUGGCAAAGUUACGAAAUAUUAGUACCACAGAAGUUGUAUUCUGAACGUUUCUAUGCUACAAUCUCUUUGUAAAGGUGUAUUUACGUUUAAAAUAUGGCAAGGGAGGUGUUACUUGAAUUUGACAGGAAGAAAAAGUCUGGUCUCUCUGACAGUGGUCAUUUCUGUGAGCUUGGACAAACAAAAGAUUUCAGGAUGCAGCUGCAAUUCAUCUUAGUUACAAGGAAUGCAGAUGAAUGAAGUUUCUGGAUUCUUCUGUUCCCAGUUUUAAAAUAAGCAAGGAGGGCUAUUUUGUCUUGAUAUCUCAUUAUCCCCAGGUAAUCUGCAGCUCAAAAAUACUCUCUGCUGUAAGGACAGGUCUCUUAAAUGCUGUAGGGCUUGGGAUUAGGGAAGGACAGAUAAGGAUGUUCAAAGUGUCCAGAGCAGAAUUUUGCUGCAGAACUAAUGAUGCAACAAAUCUCAUCACAGAGAGACGCAAGUAAAAUGCAUUUCCCUGAACCUUACUUGCUCAUGCAGUAACAGUUAACAGUGGAAUUUUGUUGUUAAUUAUGGUUGUUUAUAUUAAGUAUUAAAUCUCUAGUCUUUCCCCCUUUGUGUAUAGAAUAACCUUAGAAAAUAUUUAAAUGAAGAAAAUUACAUAACUUUGUAAAACUCUGAACAUAGCACACCUUUCAGAGGAGUUAGAUUAAAAUUUCAGUUUGGGAAACAAAAUAGUUCGGGUGCUAUAACAAAGGAGGGGUACUUUUAAUGUAUCAUCAUUGGACAUUCUCUCCACAUUGCCCCUUUCAUCCUCUGAAAGUGACUUCUACUUCAGUGUAACCUGUUUUUUCACAUACACGAGCAUACAUCUUAAAAGUCUUAACACUAGUAUCUAGUAACUUUUAAACUGCAGUGUGAAGUGUAAAAAAUGUUUUGCAAAGGACUUGCAAAUGUUUUUCUUCUAUUUUUAAAUAAGUACAAAUAUGUAAACACUUAUUUUAAAUUCUCUCACAAUAUGGAAUGUUCCCAAAACAGAGACUUAUACCUUAAUUCCACCUUUAGUCUUCUUAAUACUUUUCUUUUUCGAUAACUCUGCCUCAGAGAUGGAUUUUGGAGGGCAGGAAAUUUCUGUGGACCUCCUGUUGGUAGCUGAAGAGGUCAAAAAGAAAGUAACAUUAGCAAACUCAUGCUAAAAGUCAAAAUCCUACUUCUUAAUAAAAACAAUGAGCAAACUUCCUUCCAUGUCAUUGAUAACUGACACCUGGCUUAGAGAACUGAACUGUGGUUGUAGCGGUGAAGCCUCAGCUGGCAUGAGGGAAUGGGCUACGUUGUUCAGUCCUCCACUGUGUCUCAAAUGGGCAUGUACAGUUUCAUGCUGUAAUGACUGCCAUGGUUUAGUUUCCUCCUUGGCAACCAUCUUUAGGAUAGCUCAGGUAAAUCUUAGCCAAUUGUAUCAACAGUUGGAUAAUUUUUACUUUGAUUGUUUUUAAGCUCACGGUUUGCUAAUUGUGUGGUUUCCCAAAGGAAGAACAUUUUUGUUCUGGUAGUGAGUUGGUAAAGUCAGACUGUAAAGGAUUGUUCCCUGUAAGGUUUCAUCACAUGAACCAGCCUCAAAGGAGUAAUCACUACAAGUGUUCAAGUCACUCUGACCAUGUAUAUAAUGACAGCGAACCUGGGAAAAUGAUUGCAGAAUAUGCUGUCGUGUCAGGUUGGUUUGGCCUUGCAGGCUCUGAAAACCAGUUUACAGCAGUCAUCGAAUGCUACUAGAAAAUCAUCCUUAACAACUUAACCACUUGUCCUGAGACUGCCGGCCAAAGAAAAGUGUUUGAAUGGAUGGUGAGAAGGGAACUCAUAUAUUUGACUUAAAUAGGAAAUAAUUUCUCUGUUACAGUUCGUAUCUUUAGUUGCGUUAAAUUGGUAAUGGGUACACAGUGCAUGUUGUCUAAGUACAAGGCAAACAGUGCUCUCCCUUUUUCUUAGUAUCUUCUUGAAUUAAUACAAGCGAGGGUGCAUGUCGUGGUAAAAACAAAUAUGGAUACCAGAUGAAAUGAUGUAAGUUGCUGGGUCAAGCAAAGAACCAAAUUGUUGCAAGUGUGAGAUUGACAGAUUUUUAAGUGUUCCUGUCAUUAAAUUCUCCUUUUAACUUAUUUAAAAAACAAACAAACAACAACAACAAUGAAAAACAAAACAACACAAAUACCCCAAAUUAUAUACAACUAAAAGGACAACAUAUUUGUUUCAUAGACAAUAAUAACAGAAGCUGACAUUUCUUCUACCGUGUCUUUUCAAUUGCCUUAUCAUGCAGCUGGGAAGAGAAUUAUGGCAGUUUCCCUCCCCCUCUUCCCUAAAUCUUCCACUUUCCCUAACUCUUCCCCUUUUUAUCAGUCCAUGUUGAAUGACAUGAAGACUUGGCAGUGUCCAGUUCAGGCCUGUUACUUCCUCACAUUGACUUCAUAUUGGAAAGUUUAAGGAGGUUUCUUCAACAGAACAGUGCAGCCUGGCAGCUACCAGUGGCUGAAAUUGAUUAGAUGCUUAUGGUUCCAGGACUGAGCUGAACUGUUCUUCAAAGUCGUUCAGCAAGAAUAGGCAUGGAAAUGACUAGUGUGCUAAACUGUUUAUUGGGGCAUGCAGCAAAUGCUGUCCCACAGGAACGUGGGUUUGAAGAUAAUUAAUGACUUAAUAGUGUUUUUCUACGCUGCUGAUGACAAAGCAGCAUGCCAAGGCAGCUAAAGAAACAUCUUUCCAAGCAUCUAAGGUUCAUCAUGUAUCAUACAGAAAGUAUUUUCCAUUCUUAGGCAAUAGAGUCCAUACUUCUCUGCUCUAGCAAAAUUGCUGUUGAACCUCCUGAAAAUCUGCCCAUAUAAGAAGCACAGAGUGAGGCCCCCUGUAAGUGGAGUAUUUUUCUCUAAGAAGACACACUGCCUGGUUUCCUCAGAUUUGGUCAAACAUGAUAGCAGUCUUAAAGCCACAAAAUUGAAAGCAUCUUUUCCUUUUCUCUUUACAGAAAUAUCUUAAGCUACAGAAACUGGUGUUUUCCUAAGAGCCAUUAAUGAAAAUCACAUUCAUCGACUUUUCUGAGUCAGCUAAUCUCUCUGCUGCUUCACUUCCCUGCACACAUCCCCAGCCUCUUGCAAGACAUUCUCCUUUAAUCCCCUAUCCAGAUGUUAUUAGUUAGAGAGUGUUAUGCAUUAGUGACUGUGAGGAAUGCUGGAAGGGAUCCAAUGAGCAGUCAUACACAUUUAAAUGAGAUGGAACCAGUUUAGGUUUUAUUCUUUAAAGGACUGAAAAGCCUCCAGCUGUAUUCCCCCUGUACGAAUUUCAUGUUCCAAGUUGGCCUUCUAAUAAACCCAUAUGGUGAGUCAUGGAUUUUGUAUGUGUGAUGUGCUGCUAAACAUAUUAUUUGCUUAAUGAGCUAACAGAAAUUUUGACGUUUCUGCUCCUGAAUUUCACAUUCAUGCUGCACACGAAGAAAUCCCUACGUGAAUAUUUUAUAGUGAUCAGAAGAGAAAAGAUGUCAGAAGUAAAGCUAUACCUGCACCACUCAUUUUGCCCCUUUUGUGUUCAGGCAUCUAGGUCCAACCAUCGACAAGUGUGUUGCACAUUUAUUACUUUUUCUCCCCCUCCCUAAGGAUUUAUUCUAUUGCCUCAUUCAGUGCACAGAAAAAAAAAAUAAAAAACAACACUGAAUUCAUGAGCAGCUAUUCGGUAUUUUGAUUUAUCUGUAUUUCUCAGCAGGGGCUCAGAGCCUUACUAUCCAUAAACUAUUCCAAUCCCUGCUCCGAAAGUAAAUUUUUUUGGAUUCCUUUUUACAAUUCAAGUGCUUCAUAAAUAUUUGCUGAGCUGUUUUCACAAUAGUUCUCAGAGGUAACAGGCCACAGAUAAAGAUCAAAACAGAAAAAGACUAAUAUGGAAGGCCAACUUGACAGUUUUAGAACUGAUCUUUCAGAUUACUGACUGCUAUAUGCCACUUCGCAUGUUUAAGAGCACACGCCUUGCCCAGCAAUUCUGGUUUCAGUCUUUCACUGUCUUUUCAACGCAGAUCUUUUUAUGUAGUUGCACUAGUUAUUAAAAACACCCCUCUAAUAAACAAACAAACAAAACCCCACUAAGUUAACACCCAAAUGGGUUUUUAUUGGGGUCAGAACUUUAUCCCUACUGCUACUUCUCUCACGUCAGCAGGAGAAAAACCAGCAGUAAACUGUCACGGUCUCAGAGAUGACUCCAGAACAGUUGAAACCCAUCUGAGCUGGGGCUGGUACUGUUCUCCCUUUCUUCCCAACCUCUGGCCACACGCUUUUGUCACCUCUUUUUUGUCUGCCCUGCAUUUCUUUCAGCUGGAUGAUGAGGAGCUGAACUAGCC